CGGAGCUCUCCAUGGUGGCCGCUAGCCCUCGCCCGCUGAGGGGCCGCUGGGGGCCGGGCCGCCCGCCGCGCCGCCUCUCUCUCCCCCGCCGCGCAGCCCCGUUGCCGCCCCCAGGCUCGGCCUGACGCCCGCCCGUCCCCGCGGGCGGGGUCGCGCCGCGGCGGGGCGCUCCCUGCUCCUCACCCGCCUUCCCCGGCCGGGGGUGGGAGAGCCCGGAGGCGCGGGGCUGCAGCCUCCGCCCCUGCCCGCGCCCCGCGGCGGAGGCGCCGCCCCGGGGAGAGCAGAGUUUCGCCACGCUCCCUAACGGCCGCGCUGCCGGCGCGGCGGAGCCAGGAGUUUCGCCACGCUCCCGUAGUCCCCUCGUGGGGUGGCGGCGCGGUGCAUGCCGGGCCCGAGGCGGACUGUCCCUUCGCUGCGCGAGGAGCUGGGAGCCGCGCCUGCCGCCAUGUUCCGCUGGGCCGCCGCCGCCCGGGGCCUCUAGCCGCCCCCACCCCGCCUCGCCGCCGGCCGCCGUGCGCCCCGCUCCCCGCCAGCCCGCCGGCGGAGGAGGCGGACGAAGGCGCCGCCGCGCCCAGCAGCCGCCGCCGGAGCCCGGCAGCGCCCAGCGAUGUCCGCCAAGGAGGGGAGCAAGGUGCUGCUGCUGCCGCCCCACGCCACCAGCGAGCGCGCCGUCAAGGCUGUCCCUUUUCCACCAACGCAUCGCUUGACAUCUGAAGAAGUAUUUGACACAGAUGGAAGACCAAGGGUUGAUAUUUUGAAGAACCACUUGAUAAAAGAAGGUCGAGUGGAUGAAGAAAUUGCACUUAGAAUCAUCAAUGAGGGUGCUGCAAUAUUACGGAGGGAAAAAACUAUGAUAGAAGUUGAAGCUCCAAUUACAGUGUGUGGUGAUAUUCAUGGCCAGUUCUUUGAUCUAAUGAAGCUGUUUGAAGUGGGAGGAUCACCUGCUAACACAAGAUACCUCUUCCUCGGUGACUAUGUAGACAGAGGUUAUUUUAGUAUAGAGUGUGUGCUGUACUUAUGGGUCCUGAAAAUUCUCUACCCAAGCACGUUAUUUCUUUUGAGAGGCAACCAUGAAUGCAGACACCUAACAGAAUAUUUUACCUUUAAGCAAGAAUGUAAAAUAAAGUAUUCAGAAAGAGUCUACGAUGCUUGUAUGGAAGCUUUUGAUUGUCUCCCUCUUGCUGCUCUUUUAAAUCAACAGUUUCUUUGUGUUCAUGGUGGACUUUCACCAGAAAUUAAUACACUAGAUGACAUUAGGAGAUUAGAUAGAUUCAAAGAGCCUCCAGCAUUUGGACCAAUGUGUGACUUAUUGUGGUCAGAUCCUUCAGAAGAUUUUGGAAGUGAAAAUUCACAAGAGCAUUUCAGUCACAAUACAGUCAGAGGAUGCUCAUACUUUUAUAGCUAUCCAGCAGUUUGUGAAUUUUUGCAAAAUAAUAAUUUAUUGUCAAUCAUUAGAGCACAUGAAGCACAAGAUGCAGGUUAUAGAAUGUACAGGAAAAGUCAAACUACAGGGUUUCCAUCAUUAAUAACAAUUUUUUCAGCACCUAAUUACCUGGAUGUCUACAAUAAUAAAGCUGCUGUAUUAAAAUACGAAAACAAUGUGAUGAAUAUUCGUCAGUUCAAUUGUUCUCCUCAUCCUUACUGGCUACCAAAUUUUAUGGAUGUUUUUACAUGGUCUUUGCCAUUUGUUGGAGAAAAAGUAACAGAAAUGUUGGUGAAUGUUUUGAGCAUUUGCUCUGAUGAUGAACUGAUGACAGAGGGAGAAGAUCAAUUUGACGUAGGUACAGCUGCCGCACGGAAAGAAAUAAUCAGAAACAAAAUUCGUGCAAUUGGCAAGAUGGCAAGAGUCUUCUCUGUUCUCAGGGAGGAGAGUGAAAGUGUGCUGACACUCAAGGGUUUGACUCCCACUGGAAUGUUACCUAGUGGAGUGUUGGCUGGAGGACGACAGACCCUGCAAAGUGCAAUACGAGGAUUCUCUCCGCAACAUAAAAUCUGCAGUUUUGAAGAAGCAAAAGGUUUGGAUAGGAUCAAUGAGAGAAUGCCACCAAGAAAAGAUGCUCUUCAGCAAGAUGGUAUUAAUACUAUAAACACAACCAAUGCCAAUGGAAACAAUGGAACUGGCAACAACAAUGCACAGUGACCACGUCAGCUUCUGGUUUACUCACUCAUGUCUUGCCUGAGAAUUCCUAGAUUACUGCUUUUUGAUGUGACAACAGAGGAAAUAGCCAGGGGGAUCGCUUGAAGUGACUACUUAAUGCGAGGUGGAGAACCAUCUGACUUGAUCCCGCUGAAGACAGGCCAUCAUGCUUUUGAGACAACAGCCCCUCUCUGUCCACACUGACCUCCUGGGCGCGUGCCUCACCUAGUUCCACAACGCCCAUGCCCGGCUGCCGAAGCUCCGGAAGAGAUCUGGAGAAAGAAUCGGGCUGUUAUCACUAAAGCACGUCUAGACUAGCAUCUUAUGCUUAUCGUUGUCAACACUUUUAAGUUUACAAAUGGAAUUUUUCUUUCAGUAGAGGUAGUUUGUUUGUUUGUUUGUUUUUUAAAUCAGACUUUCAAAUACAACCCUAAAAGCUAACUAUUUAUUAAUGGACAUUGGUUUCAUGAAAUGUCUUUAAAAUGAUAGAUUAGAAUGGUCUUAAAAUAUCUGAGGCUGCAAAAACUGUAUUUUGAAUAGACGGAAAAAAAUGCCAAAAAAAAAAUCUCGGUCAUUCUGUAAAAUGCUGACCUCAGGUUUACUCCUUAGAUGUUGCUAAUUCUAUAUUGUAUUCACUGUAUUUUUUAGUUACAGCUUAUCAGAAGAUUUCUAUGUAGGAAUGUUUAUUACUUGAACACAGAUUUAAAAAAAAAUAUUUAAUUUAGAAACUUUUUUGCCCAGCUUUUUCAAGACUCUUCCCCACCUUGAAUUUUAAAAAAAAAUUAUUAUAUAUACUAAUUUUAAAAGUAAGAAAAAUACGGAAGUGUUAAUUUUAAGGUACUUUUAAUGGAACUUUGUACAUUGUUUAAGUAAAUUUUGAUUCAUAUCAAGUCUGUAAAGCUUGGCAUUGUAUUUUGUGUAUGCAUGUUUUCAUUUUGCAAAUAUUUAAUAUAUAGACCUAUGAUGUACAUCUAUAGGUUACCUAGAUGUUAUGGGUACUUUUAGUUUAUUGUGAGUAUUACGGUUGCAUAAAUAGCUAAUAAUCACUGGGCUGAAUAGCUGCAAGCUUUUUAUUAUUUUUUAAAUCUGUAAAGGAAACUGAAACUGUAUUGGAAAUACUUUUUGUUUAGGCAAAGCAGCGCGUAAGCAAUUGCUCUGUUCAACUGCUGAGGCAUUAGUGAAAGUGUAAACUUGAGACUGCAUGUAUUUUGGUAUCUACAGGACUGCUUGGUUAAAAUAAAAAUUGAAGCCCUGUGCUAAUUUGUUCACAAAUAAUGGACUGUACUGAUUGCCACUGUACUUUGUUAUCUAUUUUGACAUUUGCUACGUGUCCUUCUCAUCCCCUGGAACACAACUUGAGACUUCUGUCACUAGAGUUCAUCUCCCUUUUUUUUUUUUUUGUUUGCCAUAAAGUACAAUCUGUACAUACCCCUAAGUUGGAAAUUUUAUGCAUGUUCUGAACUAUUCGAGUAUUUUAUAAAUAGUAGCACACAAUAAAUUUUGUGCAUGGGCUGCG